UGAUUAAGCUAUCACGGUGGAAAAGAACUGGAAGUGCCAGCAACUGCAGCAGCCGGUCAAGAACGCCCCUUAUCACGUUAUCAUGUAUCUGUGGAAUUCGGUCAACUUGGAUAAUUCCGCCUUGUACCGCCGCACGGUUGAACCACAAACACCAAUCAACUCGGUGGACGAGCAGGAUAAGCUGCUGAACGAGGCAAUGACGGUGGUGCGUGCCCAAGCGUUCCAGAUGAAGCGCUUCCUGGACAAGGACCGGCUGAUGGAGGCGAUGCGUUGUGCCUCGACGAUGCUGGGCGAGCUGCGAACCUCGCUCCUUUCGCCUAAGAGCUACUACGAGCUGUACAUGGCCAUCACGGAUGAGCUGCGGCACUUCGAGCACUAUCUACUGGAGGAGUUCCAGAAGGGACGCAAGGUGCCGGAUUUGUACGAGCACGUCCAGUAUGCGGGCAAUAUCGUACCGCGACUGUACCUGCUCAUCACCGUCGGUCUCGUGUACAUCAAGACGAACGGAUCGCUCAAGCGUAGCAUUCUGAAGGAUUUGGUCGAGAUGUGCCGUGGUGUGCAGCAUCCACUCCGGGGACUGUUCCUGCGCAACUAUCUGUUGCAGUGCACUCGCAACAUUCUGCCCGAUACGACGGUUGUCGUGAGCGAUGAGAACGAGGGUACCGUGAUCGAUGCGAUCGACUUUGUGCUGACCAACUUUGCUGAGAUGAACAAACUGUGGGUGCGCAUUCAGCAUCAGGGGCACUCGAGCGAGAAGGCACGCCGGGAGAAGGAACGGGAAGAGCUUAAGAUUCUGGUGGGAACGAAUCUGGUGCGGUUAUCGCAGCUCGAAUCGGCUACGCUCGAGGUGUACCAGCGGCUCAUACUGCCCGGUAUCCUGGAGCAGGUCGUUAGCUGCCGGGAUGCGAUCGCGCAAGAGUAUCUGAUGGAGUGCAUCAUUCAGGUGUUUCCGGAUGAGUUCCAUCUGCAGACGCUCGAUCCAUUCCUGAAAUCCUGCGCCCAGCUACAGUCGGGUGUGAAUGUGAAGAACAUUAUCAUUUCGUUAAUUGAUCGGCUCGCGCUGUACAAUCAGCGCAACGGCACGGUUACGCAGACGUCGGCCGGUACGACCGAGAUACUGUCGGCCAUACCGGCCGAGGUGCAGCUGUUCGAAGUGUUUAGCACGCAGAUCGCUAACAUUGUGCAGAUGCGCAAAGAUCUACCGUUGGAGGAUACGGUUUCGCUGCAGGUGGCGCUCAUUAGCCUCGCCCAGAAGGUGUAUCCGGAUCGGGUCGAUUACGUGGAUAAGGUGCUCGAGACGACCACCCAAAUUCUGGAUCGUCUCAACCUGUCAAGCAUUUCCCAUUCGCUCUCGGUGAACCAGGAGCUAUCGCGACUGUUGCGGCUGUGCGUGGACUUUUACAACAACAUUAUCACGAUCCUGGAGUUGAAGUUCUUUACGCCGCUGCUGGAAAAGUUCGACUACACGUCACGUAAAGCGAUCGCGUUGUACCUCGUGAUGAACAUACUGGAGAACGAAACACUCAUACCGACGGCCGAGCAGGUGGACAGUGUGCUCACGAUGAUUGCACCGCUGAUCCGCGAUCAGGACGAUCAACCGACGGAGCGCGUUAAUUUGGAGGACUUUGCCGAGGAUCAGGGUAUCGUGGGCCGGUUCGUGCAUUUGCUGCGCUCCGAUGAUCCCGAUACGCAGUACAAAAUACUGAUCGCAGCCCGGAAACAUCUCGGCCCGGGCGGACAGGCGCGCAUACGGUACGUGCUGCCACCGUUGGUCUUUCAGGCGUACCAACUGGCGUACAAGUACAAAUCGAUCGCAGCCGAGGAUGAGAUGUGGGAUAAAAAGUGCCAGAAAAUAUUGCAAUUCUGUCACAGCACGAUAGCGGUGCUGGCCAAGACGGAGCUGCCCGAGCUUGCGUUGCGACUCUAUCUGCAGGGGGCGCUUUGCAUCGGACAGAUUGCCUAUACCAAUCACGAAGCCGUUGCGUACGAUUUUAUGACCCAGGCCUUCUCGCUGUAUGAGGAUGAGAUAUCGGACUCCAAGUCACAGUUUGCUGCGAUCACGCUCAUCAUAGCAACGGUGGAGCAGAUGACAUGCUUCUCGGAGGAAAACGCGGAGCCACUGCGUACGAGCUGUGCGCUUGCUGCCUCGAAAUUGCUGAAAAAACCGGAUCAAUGCCGUGCCGUGGUCACCUGUGCCAGCCUGUUCUGGAGUGGAAAACAAAAUGGGCAGGAGUUACGCGAUGAAAAGCGUACGCUGGAGUGUUUGAAGAAGGCCGCAAAAAUUGCCUCCCAGUGUCUGGACGUGGGCGUGCAGUUGCAGCUGUUCGUGGAGCUGCUGAAUCACUAUCUAUUCUACUUUACUCGGGGCAAUACACAAAUUACGGUGUCGAUGCUCAACCAGCUGAUAGCGAAAAUCAACGAAGAGUUGCCCAAUCUGGAGCCGACCGAGGAAACGAAGCAAAUCGAAAUGCAUUACCAGAACACGCUGGCCCACAUCCGCAGCCGGAUGGAGGCAACGGAUGCGAGCUCGUUGGAAACCUCGUUUGCCGGUAUAACUUUGAACUAGAUGUGUGUUUGUGUUGGCCUUCCUCUUCAGGUGGCACCGUAGAAUUGUUAAAGGGAACUAGCAAACGAGGCGUUCUCUCGUCUUAUGCGCACCCGUAUGAGAAUAUUAACAAUUUAGGUUAACAAACAUAAUAGCAAUUCCAAUGGAUCAAUAUAACGAUAGAUCUUAUAACAGCAAGAGAA